GGAAAUCCGGGCCAGAGAAAAUCGAUGAGUUUGAAUGAUCCGAGAUCUGGCGAACAUAAUCCAGACCUUAAGUCAAGACUUUCAAGGCUCUCUCGGUUUCUUCGAGGAAAAGGUGUAAGAAAAGAAAAGAUUGACCCAGAACUUAAAGUCAAUCAAAGAGUUGUGACAUUUAUCGAGGACGACGUAUUUAGAGGAACUGUUCGUCAUAUUGGUGAGGAGAAAGACUCCAAUGGAAUUGUUCAAAAGAUUCUUGGCUUAGAAAUGGAUAAAAUGCUCAGCGUAGGUGGAUGUGGCAGAAGGAACGGAAGACAGCUAUUUUCUUGUGAAGAAGGUUUUUCCUUGUUUAUUCCUGUGGAAUCUGUUAUGCUAGACAGAGAGUUUGACGCUGAACCUGAAGCGCUUGAAACACCUGAAGAAGAAGAAGAAGAGAGUUCUGAGGAAUUCGAUUCGCAGUCCGACGAUGAUUCGUCAGAAAUGGGCAUAGACAUAGUUUCUGUCGAGAGGAAGCUUGAAGUCAAACAGGACCAUUACACACCAUCAAACCCACAAGAGGAAGAAUAUAGAGAAUGGGAAGAAGACUGGAAAAUGCAGUCAACUACGUCACAAGAAGGGAUGACCAAUUGCAAAGUUGAAUCAGAUCACGUGUGGGAUAAAACAGUCACGUUAUAUGGACAACUCAUGGAACAGAGCAUUCCUGUAAGCAGUGAGUCUUUGGCACAGGGAUUAAUGGGUUCUGAUGCAGACUUGAAUGAAGAAACGAAGCACGAGAACAACGAGGUUUUGGAACUAAAAGUAAAGGAGGAACAACUUGUGAAAGAGGAACAGGAAACUGUUCCGAGCAAAGCACCUCAAGAUGGUGAGAAGCAGCAAGAUAAUGCACUUGGACAAACGCAAAAUGCUGAAGAAGACCUUAGAAUCUCCCAGGAUGACUUUUCCAUUACAGCUGUUAGAUUCCACGAAGCAGAGGAAGAGCGAAGAGUGGAAAACUUGUCAUCAGAUUUAAGUGAGACUGAACAAAGGUUAAGAAAAGAACUUAUAAGGACAGAAAUUAGAGUGGUUUUGUUAAACAAUCAGCUCAUGAUUAAGCAACAGCAAGUGGAAAAUUUUCAGAGAAAAAUUGAGAGGAUGGAGCAACAGUUGACAGUAAGGGAAUAUCAAAAAGAGAUUUUUCGAACACAACGGAAUAAAGAGCAAAGAUUGCUGGCGGAAUUAAACGAAAAGCAGACGACAGAAAUUCUGCUACGGAAACAGCUCAACGGAAAGGAUUGUCAGGAAGCAAAGCUCCAAAGACGACUGAGUAAGCAAGAACAAGAACUAGAAAAGGAGCAAGGAUUACGAGAAGAAUUAAUUGAAAAAGAAACAGUGGAAAUUCUGCUACGAAAACAACUCAUACAAAUGGAUAUUCUAGAAGCAAGCCUCCGAAGACAGCUCAGUGAAAAAGGGCAACAAUUGGAGGAGAAAGACAAGGGAGAUGAAACUCUACGAGAAGAGUUUAGGGAAAUGGAAGGAAGGUUGAGGGAAGAAAUAACAGAGAAAGAUGCGAGACAAGUAGUUUUGUGUGAACAAUUCAAAGAAAAGGACCAGCAAUUGAAGGAGAUGAAACAACAGUUGACAGCGACAGAGGAGCGAGAAGAAGAUCUCAAGACGCAAAUAAGAAGUGUAGAAGAACAGUUCAGAAAGAAUGAGGAUCGAGUUGAGAAUUUGCAAACGAACCUGAGAGAUGCAGAGCAACGAUUAACACAGAAGGAAGCACAAGAGGAAAAUUUACGUUCAAUUCUAAAGCUGACGGAGGAACGGAUGAGAGAAGAAUUAGCAGAAAAGGAAACGAGAGAAACUGAGUUGUGCGAACAGCUUGGAGAAAAGGAAGAGCGGGCUCUCGACCUACAGAGACGCUUGAGCGAGAUGGAACAGCAAAUGUCAGAAAAAAACGAUGAAAAGCAAACUCUGCUACGACAACUUACGGAGAUGGAACAACGAUCAAGAGAGGAGACAGCGGAGAUAGAGAUGAGAGAAAAUGGUUUUCGCAAACAACUCAGAGAAGGAGAGCAAAAACUGAGGGAGAUAAGACAGCAGUUGACUGAGAAAGAGAAACAAGAGGAGAACUUACGAACACAACUACGGGUGCACCUAAUGGAACAACAGCUGAAAGAAGAAAUGAUAGAAGAAGCUACUGGGCUUGGUGAACAGCUCAGAGAAAAGGAUCAACAAAUAGAAAACCUUCAGAUGCAGUUGGGACAGCAGCAUGAACAGCUCAGAGAAAGGGAAGAGCAACUAGCAAAUGUUCGGAUGCAUUUGGAGGAGCGAGAAUCUCUAAGGACAGAUUUCCAACACCAAUUUGAAGAAAUUGAAGCAGAAAAUGCGAAUCUACGACAACAGGUUGAUAACCUCCAGAAUCAAUCAGGAACACAGUCCCAUGAUUGGAUUAUUUCCCGGGAUGACAUUCAGUUGACUGAUAAAACCCUUGGAGUUGGAGGCUGGGGCGAAGUUUUUGAGGGCAAGUACUGUGGCUGUUCUGUUGCCGUGAAACGAAUCCAUGCGGAAAUAUUUUCGCCUUACAACCAGAGUUUGUUCCAGAGGGAAAUAGAUAUUGCUUCGCGAUGCCGACACCCUUGCCUCCUGCAGUUUAUCGGAGCGACUAACGACGAGGAAAUUCCACUAUUUGUAACAGAGCUGAUGGAAUCAAAUUUGCGCGAACUACUGAGACAACGAUCUCUUUCCCACAGAGAAAUCGCCAUAAUUUCGCUUGAUGUGGCUCGAGCAUUGAACUACCUCCACCAAAGGAGACCUUUACCUAUUUUGCACCGCGAUGUUAGCAGUAGUAAUGUGCUGCUGUGGCGACAGAAUAACCAAUGGCGAGGCAAAGUGUCUGAUUAUGGUUCUGCUAAGUUUGAGGAACAGUUCAUGUCAAUUGGCCCAGGGUGUUUUGCCUACAGUGCACCUGAAGUGCAGAAAUCAGAAAACCAGACAGCAAAGAUUGAUGUCUACAGUUUUGGCGUUCUUCUCUGUGAAAUGUGCAUUCAUACAUUCCCAGAUUAUCAAAACCGUGAACGUCAAAUCGCUCUGGUAACAGACUGUGUAUUGCAAGACCUCAUUCGCCGAUGUCUGCGGUCAGAUCCCAGUGAAAGACCGGACAUGACAGAGAUUGUCAGUAGACUGGAACAGUUCAAUGAAACGUUGUAGGUUUGUCGGGAUAUCACCCAUGGUGUUCCACGAGGAAGUAUUUUGGGCCCCUUGCUGUUCCUGACUUUCAUCAAUGACCUCCCACAAGUGAUCUCAAACUCUACUGUAGAUGUUUAUGCCGAUGAUACUACCUUUUCCUCUAGUGCUCAUUGUACUCUGGGGACAACGGAAGUUGAAGCAAAACUUCAGGAGGACAUUGACAGUCUUUGCGUAUGGUCUACUCAAAAUCGCAUGGUCUUAAUUGCCGGGAAAACCAAAUCUAUUCUGGUAACUGGCAAGCGUCUCAAGUCACGUGUAGCUGACCCUAGUUUGAAGUUGCAAGCAAAUGGAACAGCUAUCGAGCAAGUUAUACAUCAGAAACUGCUUGGGGUUACAAUUGAUCAAGAACUAACUUUUAAGGAACAUGUAGAUAAACUUUGUAAGAAGCUUAGCAAAAAAAUUGGCCUACUGAAAAAGUUGUGUACUUAUUUACCCAUUGAGGAAAGAUUACUCUUCUAUAAUGCCCUUAUUAAGCCGGUCAUGAUGUAUGGUAGUAUAGUUUGGACCUAUUGUUCUAAGGAAGAUCUCAUGAGAGUGUUUCGGUUGCAGAAACGUGCAGCGCGUGUAAUAUUAGGUACAGGUAUCAGAUCAAGAACUGUGGAAAAUUUUAAGAAACUAAAUUGGAUCCCAUUCUUUGAUGAAGUCAAGAUAAGAAAGUGCGUGUUAAUCUAUAAGGCACUGCAUGGGGAAUCCCCUACGUAUAUUGAAAGUACUUUAACUACAAAUCACUCCCUGCAUGGUAGAGAGACCAGGCAUGGCCAGUAUAACCUAAUCUGUCCCAAGUAUCGAAAUACUACUGAGGCAGGAAGGUCCUUCCAAGUUAGUAGUAUUAAGUUAUGGAAUAGUCUUCCAAAUGAGCUUAGGAAACAACGUAGCAUCUCCUCUCUUAGGAAUGAUUUGA